AUGGUCUUCCCAGACUCCGCGGUGUGGGACGGUCCUUUGGUGCAGCGCGUGGCCACACUGUCGGUCAUCAUGCUCUUCACGCUGGCCGGCAACGCCGCCAUUGUGGCGGUGCUGGCGCGGCCACGCGCAGCGUUGCGUUCGUCUUCACGCGUCAACCUCUUCAUCCUGCACCUUGCUGUUGGGGACCUUGCCGUGGGACUCUUCACACAAACGUCGGAGAUUCUCUUCGAGGUAUCCGGCAGUUGGGUUCUGGGCGCCUUGGGCUGCAAGCUGGUCGUGUACGUGCAGAUGGUCACUCUCGCCUCGACGACCUUCAUCUUGGCUUCGAUGAGCUACGACCGGUACGCCGCCAUCUGCCGACCGCUAGAGUCGCGAUCGGGACUGCGUCGAGCAAAGGCCAUGCUGGCCACAUCCUGGGCCCUCGCCUUCAUCUUCGCCAUUCCACAGCUUUUCAUCUUCGUCGAAGUACAGACAGGGGUGACCGUCUCCGGUCAGCCACACAUGGAGUGCCUGAGCGUUGGCUACACGCGCCACUGGCAACGUCAGCUUUACUUCUCCUGGCUCACCCUCUACAUCCUGGUCGUGCCGGGGCUACUCAUAUCGGCCUGCUAUCUGCGUCUGCUGCGCGUGGUGUGGACUGCCUCGGCACCGGACGGGGCUGGCUUUCUGGUGGCGGCCGGCUCAAAAGACCGGGACCAGAUAGGUGCCAGCUUUAAGGCCAACGGCAAGGGGCCGCUACCGACUUUGCGGCGUUGCGCACAGGCGCACCCGCUUCUGCCUAGAGCACGCGCCAAGACGCUCAAACUCACAGUGUGCAUCAUAGCGAGCUUCAUGCUCUGCUGGAUACCAUACUUCGCCGUCCACAACGUGCGAAUCCACAGUCAUUACUGCAUCAAGGUACCACGUGCCGUCAUCGUGUUUGCCGAGACGGUCGCCCUGCUCAACAGUGCCGUCAACCCCAUAUUCUACGGCCUCUUCAACGUGCACAUCCGCCGCGGACUGUGCGAGAUCCUGUCCAGGGCACGAGGCGGCAGCCGUAGCCGCAGCUGCUACUACGGCCGCGACUCGACGCUACGUCAGCGAGGCCUGACCACGGCCCACGUCGUAGCGCUUACGACGAGUACCUGCGCUCCCGACGCCAGCUCGCUAGCCAGCCCCGCACUCAGCAACGGCCGCUUGCUCCAGCUGCAGGAACACCACGAACUGGAUAGCGUGCAUUUAGGCAACGUCGAGGCAGUGCCUUUGGUCGCCAUCAACGGCAACGCCGUGGCAGCCUGUGAAGUGUGACCCGCCCAAAUUGGGAAACAACGUGUACAGUCACCAUUUCUAGAU